GUCUCACAGGGAACAGACUGAGAUGAUCUGGACCUUGGGUUGAUCAUCAAUUAGUUUCUAGCUGAAAGUCGCAGUUCUGCGGCAGCGAUGGAUCGGUAUGUGAGUCGUGAUGGGUGGAUAAAAGGGCUGAGAUACCUGGCCAUGUUUGUGUGGAUCAUGAUACCUUGCUUCUGGGUCGUACGGGAUUGUGUAUAAGAGCUCUAGUCAGGGUUAUUAUAGGACGAGUCCAACGGGGUUUGCAUCUACCAUUACGCACUGCAUCUUCGGGUAUUCUUUUCUUGCAGUAGUAACACGAUUGGUGUAAGGCUGUGAGAGGGUAUAUUCCUUUGUUGGGAGAAGUGCAUGAAUACCGGGCACCAUACGGCGGCAGGGUAUCAAAUUGCUAUGUCAUCUAGAGGCGAGGGGGAUUUAAAUAUGGAGGGUGUCAACGCGGGGAAUGGAGCGGACGAGAAAAAUUUUGUGAAGGGGAAGAACAAGUUGGGUUCAAAAUACAGAAAUUAUUUUACAGGGAAAUUUCAAGGGAAAUCUAAGAAAGGUGAGAAGUUGGAUCAGAAAGAUCCACGAAAAGAAAAUACUCGAUCGAAUUCAGAACCGACACCGAGACUAGUACCAAUAUUGAAAUCGACGCCUGGCUCAACGUCAGAACCAACAUCAGUACCAACACCUCAAUCACAGCUUCAAUCACAGUCACAUUCUCAACCAAAAUCUCAACCAAGAACCAUAACCACAGUCACAAUCAUGCCUCCUAAAUCAUCUCCAACCCAACCACGUUGGAUCUCCGAUAUUUCCAAAACAACACCGACGAUAGUCUCCGAUAUCGAAUCCGCAACUCAUAGUGUCCAUUCCAUCUUUCAUGACCUCAAAACCAUCACCCCAGAAGAUGCAAACACACUUCUCCAACUCUUUUCCUCUCAGAUCAAGGGUGUCCAAAAUGACAACACGCUCCUUCUUGAGAAGACGGUGAAACUCCUGGCGUCUCAACCGGAAGACUCACAGAUUGGAAAAAGUCUAACAGCAAGUUUUGUUAAUACGCUAUGGGAUGCCUUGCCGCACCCACCUGUGAGGAGUUUAGAUAAGAAGUUUAUGUAUAGAGAUGCGGAUGGAGGAAAUAACAACAUUCUGAUGCCGGAUUUAGGAAGAGCGGGGACAGCAUAUGCAAAGAGUGUUAAACCUGAGAGAAUGAGAAAGAAGAACCUGCCGGAUCCCGGGGAGCUUUUCGAUGGCUUGAUGAGGAGGGGCGGAUUGGAUGGAGAAGAGGACUUCAAGGGAAGCCAGACUGGGAUCAGUAGUCAGCUGUUCUAUCUGGCUACGAUUAUUAUCCAUGAUCUUUUCCUUACGGAUCAUGAAGAUAUGACGAAAUCGAAGACUAGUAGUUACUUGGAUCUCGCACCUCUCUACGGCUGUAAUCAAGAAGAGCAAAAUGCGGUCCGAACAUUCGAGGAUGGUAAACUCAAACCAGAUUGUUUUUCUUCGAAGAGAAUCUUAGGAUUUCCCCCCGGUGUGGGAGUCUUCUUGAUCAUGUUCAACCGAUUUCACAAUCAUGUGGUUGGAAUGCUUGCUCAAAUCAACGAUAAUGGCCGUUUCACAAAACCCAAAGCAGAGGCGGCAAAAUCUGCAUUCGAUAAAUACGACAACGACCUCUUUCAAACAGGUAGACUCAUUACUUGUGGCUUAUAUGUCAAUAUCGUUUUGAAAGACUAUGUUCGUACGAUUUUGAAUCUCAAUCGUACAACUUCAAAAUGGGAUUUGGAUCCAAGAGUCUCUGAGACUAAGACCCUCUUGAACAAGCCUGCUGCGGAGGGUGUAGGAAAUCAAGUCACUGCUGAGUUUAAUUUGAUCUACCGCUGGCACUCGGCUAUCUCCCAAAGAGAUGAGAAAUGGACCAACGCAGAAUACGCUAGACUAUUUCCUAAUAAGAACCCGACUGAUGUCACGCUUCCCGAACUUCUCAGGGGCCUCCACUCAAUGGAAGCAGACCUUCCUGUCGAUCCAUCUCAACGCUCUUUCGCAGAUCUCAAUCGUUUGUCUAAUGGGUCAUACGAUGAUGAAUCGCUCGUAUCAAUUUUCGAAUCCUCAGUAGAAGAUCUCUCUGGUGCCUUUGGGGCCACAAACGUCCCACCUAUCAUGCGCUCUAUCGAAAUCCUCUCUAUUCUCCAAAGUCGCUCUUGGAAUAUGUGCACCCUUAAUGAAUUCCGUUCAUUCGUCGGAUUAUCACGUCAUACAUCGUUUGCGGAUAUAAAUCCCGACCCUGUUAUUGCGAAACGACUCAAAGAAUUCUAUGGGAGUCCUGACGAUGUGGAAUUUUAUCCGGGAGUUGUGGUUGAAAAAAUUAAACCACCGGUGGUACCAGGUAGUGGUUUAUGCACUGGAUAUAGUAUCAGUUAUAGUAUUUUGAGUGAUGCAGUAGGGCUGGUUAGGGGAGAUAGAUUUUAUACUACAGAUUACACGCCGGAGAGUCUUACUAAUUGGGGAUACAAUGAAGUACAAUUCGACACAGACAUCGACGAUGGUGCUGUACUUUACAAAUUAGUCCUUCGAGCUUUCCCAAACCACUUCCAGGGGAACUCUAUAUAUGCACAUUUCCCAUUCGUUACACCUGAGGCUAAUCUUAAAAUCCAAAAGGAUUUGGGGAGAGAAAAUUUGUAUAGCUGGGAUAAACCUAAGAAGAAGGCAGAUACGCCAACAGUGGAGAGUUGGGAAGAGUGCAAGAAAAUCUUGAAUGAUAAGGCUAAUUGGAAGGUAACAUGGGGUCCACCAAUUGCCGUCCUAACUUCACAAUCGCCCUCCGACUCAAAGACUACAGGGCCGCCAAAAAUACCUCCGUUCUGUCUCGCAGGAGAUGAAUCCAUAAAUACAACCUCGCGCUCUCUUAUAAUAUCAUCUUUCCACGAUCUUCCAACCGGUCACGGUAAUAAGAAUGAUAAAGAACAUCCUGAUUGGCAAUCUGCAGUUGCGCAAUUCUACACAGUUAACACGGCCGAUUUAUUUGAUAAACAUAAAGUUCUCAUUCCAACUGUUAAUGCGUACAGCAAUGCUAAUGGCAACGGAAGUACAACAAAAAAUGGAGCUGCAGCACCCAAAAAGACGUAUAGAGUGGACGUCGUAGCUGACAUAUGCAAUCGUGUCUUCACUCGUUUCGCAGCCGGCGUGUUUGAUUUCCCCCUGAAACUCGGAAUGGGCAAUACUGUCGACGUCAACGUAACUACGGAUAUUGAAGACGGGUUUACCGAAGAGGAACUGUACACGGCGCUUUCCACUGGUUUCAUAUGUAUUUUUAACAAUUUUGAUGUUACAAAAUCUUUUGUGGUGAAUCAGGAAGCAAGAGCUGUGGCUAAGAAGUUAGGUGAUAUUUUGAUGGAGAAUACGAAAGGAGGCGGGAUUGGAGAUGUGGUGGAGGGGCUGAAAGAUAGACUGCACAGUAUAGUUCAUGAUGACGAGACGGAGAGACAGACUGAGGAGAAAGUUCUAAAGGAAAAGGAAAGAUUGGCGCUGAAGGGGUAUGGGAAGGCAAUGCUCCAGAGAUAUGUGGACAAGGGAAAGAAAGCUGGAUGGGGAGUUGAGAGGGUAGUAUGGGAACAAAUUCUUCCCACCUCGGCAGCUAUGACGGCCAAUCAGUCACAGCUUCUCUCCCAAGUCCUGGGCUAUUACCUCAGUGAUGCCGGAUCAUCACACCUACCACAGCUCUACACUAUUGCCCAUGAAACUACCAAGGAGUCUGAUGAUUUACUCUUGCACUACUUCCUCGAAGCAGCCCGACUUCGCGGCACCGUCGCACUUUUCCGUCUCUACUCACCCUCGCAAUCCACUUCUCAAGCCACCACCACCACCAACCCCGCCCCAGGAACCGUCGUACUCCUCAACCUUCCCCUUGCCCACCAAGACCCCACCGCCUUCCCCAAUCCCGAAACCGUGGUCCUCGACCGAAGUCUCGACUCUUAUCUCAUGUUCGGGCACGGCCCACACGAAUGUCUCGGCCGCGAUAUCGCUUUAGCGGGGAUGGUGCGCGUGUUUAGACUUAUCGUCGGGCUGAAGAAUUUGAGACUCGAUGCGGGGUCGAGUGGGUAUAGUAGGAAGAGCGUGGCGGGUGAGGCGAAGGGAAUGAAAACUGUGGAGACGGAAUAUGGGAUUGCGUAUUUGGAUGACGAGUUGUCGACUUUGGGACCGUUUCCAAAGGGGUUGAGGAUUUGCUGGGAUGAGUAGGAGAGGGGGUUCGGGUUUAUUGUUGUGUGAGGUUUUGGGAAAUCAUUUGUCUGUCUAUUGAUCUAUCUAUCUCUUUUUUUAUUCAUUUUCUACUGGGAAGGAAUCGGGAAAUUGGGAAUAAGGUUAUCAUAGUAUCCAUUAUCUAAGAGUAUUCUGUCUUUGAUUUGAUUGGCGAAUUGUCAGAAAUUCAAGGGAUUUCUCAUUACUAUAUUCUUUUUCCUCUCUAGAGUACGUAUCCGCGCCAGUAAAUUUGAUUUCGGGAUUUUGUCGAGUAGCCUGGAUAUUCA